AUGCCCUCGACUUCCGAGGCAGAGCGGGCAGUCGGUCUUGCACAACAGGCCACAGACAAGAUCAAGUCCGGUAAAUUGUCGGACGCGGCGCGCCUUCUGCGAGAGGCCACGACUAUCGCGCCAGAGCAUCCGCUUAUCAAGCAAACGUGGGUGGCGCUCAAGGAAGAGGAAGAGAAAAGCGAAUUGCUAGGUGUGUGUAAAGACUGGGUAAAGAGUAGGGAUGAGGCGGAUGGUGACGAGGCCUUGAAGCUCAUUAGGGCGACAGUCCUGGGCGAGAAAGAGGCAGAGCAGGCAAUGAGCAUUUUGUACGAUUUCAAGGGCGAAGAUGAUCUCUUGGACCAGGUUACGGGGGAGCUGUUGAUGCAUGUGGGGGCCCAGCGGUGGCUUGCGGGCUUCGUGAAGGAGCAUCCCACGCAGGCGUACUAUGAGCUGUUUGAGCGCGGAGACGACAGCAUCGAUGGCUUGAUCAAGGCGCUGCUCAAUCGUGCAGUAUGGGAGAGCGACGAGGCCUUUGUGCAGGGCCAUCGGGAUUGCUUCAUGCUUAGUCUAGCCAUGAUGAUGGAGGAGGCCCUCGAGCAUCCAGAGCGCGCCAUGAAGGGCGUUGCGCAGCUGUUGGCCCACCAUGCGCAGGAUUUGCAUGGCAUCAUUGACGCGGAUAGCUUCGAUGUCAUCCUUACGAGCCUCGAUAUCCGGCUUCCAAGUAGCCUUCGCAGCCAGGCGACGCUGGCUACCAUCAAGCUCUUCGAAUUGGCACCCAGCACUGCGCAGGAUCUCAUCUCCAAAUUCGUCAUCUCACGCGUCCAGAAGUCUAUUGCUGAUGGGCUGGUCGUCGCUUUUUCAGCUGCAGCCGCCAUAUUCCCUAUCACGGCCCAAGCGGCAGCGCAGCUGUUCCUGUCGGAAGGCUUCGUCAGUACACUUGUUCCCCUUGUCGAAGGCAAGAAUAGCACCAAGCUCGAACAAGCGGCGCUGGAGCUCAUCAGUGCCGCCUGCAUUGACAAGAACUGCCGCGAAGCGAUAAACCGGCAUUGCAGGACAUGGCUCGAAGACCACAUCGCCAGCUGUCCCGACAAGAAACGUGCCAAUCUCGCUGCUCUUGUACUCGUCAAACUUGGCGACGAGCAGGCUACAUCCGAAGGGCCCCAAAUCGUAACGCCUGGCAAGGUAGAUCAGGAUGACCUGAUAGCGAGCUUUAAGAGCAUGGUCAUAUCCUCUGAUUCGUCUGGCAAGCAAGAUAGCAUCGAGGGCCUUGCCUACGCCUCUCUACAGCCGAAAGUACGCGAAGACCUCUCCAAAUCCCCAAAGUUUCUCAAACACCUUAUUGGGAGCAUGAAAGAGGCAGCCACAUCGCCUAACAUCCUUUUUGGCGGACUCACCAUCUUCGUCAACUUAACUACGUUCCCCCCUAUCCAAUCCGAAGAAGAGAAGCGCAUGGCGCAGCUCAAAGCCUACGCCAACGUGCAGAAGCCCACUGUGCCGGAUCCGUUACUGGACGAAGCUCACACAACCGUACGCUGUAAACGUGUCCUCGACGCAGGCAUCGUCCCCCUCCUUGUCGGCAUCGCAAAGAAGGCCUCACCCGCCGCCCUCACACACACAACAUCUAUCCUCCUCUCCCUCUCCAUGGUCGUGAAAUCGCGCCCAGCACUCGCACAACAAGGCGCCGUAAAGCUCCUCGUGCAGAUCUACGACACACUCACAUCCUCCUCUAACGCAGACAAAUACCCCCCAACAGCAGCGCCACAAGCCGCACAGGCUCUCUCCCGGAUCCUAAUUUCCACGAAUCCUACCCACAUCUUUACUGCAGCAUUUUCCUCACAUUCGGUCCUCCGCCCUCUAACCUCCCUCCUCUCGCAAAGUGAAUCCUCAACCUGGCAACUCCAUGCCUUCGAAUCUCUCCUCGCGCUCACAAAUCUCGCUUCCAUGGAUCAAUCUACCCAAGACGCCAUCAUCCGCACCGCCUUUGACACUGUCGUCGACGAUCUUCUGCUGAGCCAGAACGUACUGCUCCGGCGAGCAAGCACGGAGCUGCUGUGCAAUCUAAUGGCGAGUCCGCUGUGUGCGGAGAAAUUUGCGGAUGGGAGUCCAAGAGCGGGGAAGAGGUUGCAUUUGCUGUGUGCGCUUACAGAUGUCGAAGACGGGCCUACGAGGAGUGCGGCGGGAGGAGCGCUGGCGAUGUUGCUUUCUAUUGAUUUGGCGGUUAUGGAGCUACUCAAGUUGGAGAAGGGGGUUGACUUCUUGCUAGGACUCUGUCGCGACGAGGACGAGAAUGUUCGCCAUCGAGGCGUUGCCUGUGUGCGUGAAGUCGUCGCGAUAGGGCCCAAAGGCAUCGAUGCGGUGAAGGCGAAGGGCGGCGAGGGGGCGCUGAAAGCACUGCUCAAGGAAAGCAGGAGUCAGGUUGUGCUAGGACUGGGCGUGGAGACGUUGAAGAUUCUGUUGGGCCAGACGUGA